CCCCCCUCGUCUGGAGACGACCGGCGACGACGGCUCCCCGUGGCGGAAGCCGGGGUUUGCCGGCGGGUUGGGGCCCAGGAUGCCCGGCAGACGCUGCUGCAGGUGCGCAAGCAGUACGACCAGGUGCACCACGAGGCGGAGCAGAAGGAGGCGAGGCUGCGGCAGCUGCGGGAGGCCAUCCGGCUGGCCGACAACAUGCACAGCUCGAACUCGGAGGAAGCCCACGACUUCAACGAGGAGAAGAGCAGUCUGGAGAUGCAGCUGAGGGACACUGUUGCGAGACUGGAGGACACUCAGCUGAGCCGGAAGGUUUACGAGCACGUGCUAGCCCGCAUGCAGAAGGAGCAGGCCAUUCUCAAGCAGAAGAUGCUGAAGAUGGAGGAGCACCUGGGCCGCAAGAGCCAGGAGGUCGUUCAGAAGAGGAACGAGGUGGAGCGCUCGAAGAAGGACAGGGUGGUCAAGCAGAACCAGCUGGAAGCCUUCGAGGUCGACAUGGAUGAGGAGCGGAAGGCUUUUACGGAGGCCCGCGAGG